UUGAUUAUCUCCCCUUUUUUAGCAGAAAAAACAGCAAAACAAAGAAGUAGAAGAUGCCAAUUUUAGCACACCACCACCGAAAAAGAUAAAGACUACAGAAACUGUUACCUGUGUAACACCACCUGCUUGUAGAAACGCUGAAUCACCUGCCAGCACAAGUAGUAGCAGAAAUUCACCACUACUCAGAGUGUUGACCAAAUGUAAUUCCACUUUGAGGACCUCAGAUGAAGAUGUCCAUACUGUUAAUAUUCCUCUGUGUGGUAUUCUAGCCAACCCUACAGAGCACACAGAGAAAGAGGUGGAUACAGCCAGAGUAAAAAUGAUUCGCCUGUGUAUGGAUUCACUUAUAAGCUUGUGUGGCGAUAGACCAAAUGAACUAGACACCAUUCAUUUGGCAAGAUCACUAGCAUCACAGUAUAGUAUCCUACGGGAUGACUCAACAAAACCAGCAGGGAACAAUUAUGUAAUUUUAUGGAUUGGGUUCUGUAAGAACCAAUACAGCUGCAUCAUGUGCAUCGUGCUGUUAAAAAAUUCUUGGAGAGGAGGAUGUACAACAUCACUCCUGCAAGGACCAACAGGGGAAGGAAAAGAAAAAAUAAUGAAAAUAAUGAACAUGUACAUCAAAAGGAUCAAGGGUUGACAAAAGAAAAAAGUUUGCCUUUAAAACUGACAGAAACGACGGAAGAAGAGGUAGAUACUUCAAACCAAGAAACAGCUGAAGUACCACUGGAAGUGGCAGAAAGUGCGCACAAUGAUGCCAUCAUUAUUCCCACAGGAGCAGAUAGUACUGACAUGACUGAGGAAAUAAUUACAGAGGACAGAGUCUUGAAAACAACAGAUACGUCGAAGAAAGGUGUAAAAACAAGAGCUGAAAAUAGGGAGCUCUUAAGAAAACCUGAUAAAAUACCGGAAGAAUCAGAAAUAGAGCUUGAUGAUGGGACAAGAGGGGGAAAAAUUGAAAAGGUUCCAGAACAGGAGAAAUUAGAAGAUAGAAGUGCCAAGUCUCUUGACAAAGAACUCAGGAGAUGUUCUCCAAAAACAACAGAGAAAAAAGUUGAGCAACUUCUUAGAUUGACAGUAGAAUAUAGAUGCUCUUAUGCCACAACUUUACCAAAGCAUAGUAGAGUAGAGGAUAUGAUAGGGACAUAUCCAGUAUUUAAGAGUACUGACAUACUCAUCACCAACCUUCUUGCAACCAUCAAUUUGGAGGAAAAUAUAAUUUCUCAUAAACUCCUUGAAAAAAAUUUGAAAAGAAUGUCUACAGAGAUAUUGGACUUGGUGUAUUCAAAAAACCUCACCACUGUUCCUAGAUCAGCACUGAAAUCACAAGAUCAGCAAAUACUUGUGGCAAUGGCCCAACUGCCUUUAAUUCUCGACAAGAGAGAAAAGGGGAAAAGUGUGCCAGUACCACAACUAGUACACAUUGUAAAGAAAGACGAGAUGUGGCAAGAAAUAGCUGCUAAGCAUAAGAACUCCACAUCACCAUGGAUAAUGUACCAACGACAUGGCGACCAAGAAAUCAUAACCGUUAUGAUUAAACAGUCUAUGAUUAAAAAGGCCUCAUCAGCAGUUAAUGCAGUGCUGGCAUUGAUGGGUAUAUAUUACAUGGCAAUGUUGCCAUACCCUUCAAAUUGCAGCGCGGCUCUGCUGUACAUACAAGGACAAGUCUUGCUGGAUGAAGUUCACAGCAAAGACAAAAGUGUAUUUAACAAGGCAAAGGAAAUUUUCGAAAACUUCGUUUUGAAAGAAGUUGAUUUAUUUGCAUGAAAUCAACAUUGAUGUUUAACUAUGAGACUGACUUGUUUUAUUUGUAGGUGUACCACAUAAUUUUUCAUAUUUUGGGAUAACAGAUUUAUUGAUUAGUUUAUAAUAUUUAAGAUACAGAAAUAGUAACACACUGUCUUUUGCGUUAUUAAAAUUAAAAUCUCCAAAUAAUCUGUUGCAUUUGUGAUCUUGAAAAUAUAAUUCUUAAAUUAACAAUUAACCAGGUCUGUAAAUGUUAUUUAUCCAAAUAACUUACUUUUAUGCAACAUAAUUCAAUUUUUCAUUUUCUUUUCUGCUUGAAGCAUGUAAAAAUAUAUAUUUUUUAUUACUACUAUACAUGAGCUGUUAAAUUCAUGUAAAUAGAUUUGACCCAAAUUAUUAUUUUUAUUUAUAACAUACUAAAAAUAAUAUCCAGAUUUAAAAAAGUGCUGGGCAAAAGUAACAAUUAAUAAUAAAAUGUACUUUUGGCAUUGGCUUGUGAAAAUGCAUCUGCAUUUGUACUUAUUUUAGACAAGACCCAAUUUUAUAUAUCAAAAUGACCUCCUUUUAGGCUGCAAACCACCAUAUAACCUUAUAUCAAAGUAAAUUUAAAUAGAUAGCAUUUACAAUCAGAUUUUAUUCUGUAUGUUAUAAACAUAUGUAAAAUUUAAUCAUAGUUUUACCUGUAUUAGAAUGGUUUUAUUUGAUAGUGAAUUUAUAUUUUAUAAGUUGCAAAUAUCAUUUGUUAUUUUUGUUUAUGCCCAUUUAUGGGCAUUAUGUUUUCUGGUCUAUGUGUCUGACUGUUAUAGCUGUCCCGCUUCAGGUUAAAGUUUUAGUUGAGGUAGUUUUUGAUAAAGUUGAAGUCCAAUCAACUUAAAACUUAGUACACAUGUUCCCUAUACUGUAAAUUCAGAAAUUAUUGUGAGGUUUUUAUUAAUGCGAAUAAUGCGAGUGGAUGAAGAUCGCAAUAAUAAGAACUCGCAUUCUGAUAUCUUAUACUUAUAUCUGUAUGCAGAUUUUUCUAAAAUCGCAAUAAUUAAUCUUGCAUUUUAGUCCAUCCUUCAAAAAUCACAAAAAUGCACGCAAAAAUUUCUGAAUUUACAGUAUAUGAUAUGAUCUUUCUAAUUUUAAUGGCAAAUUAGAGUUAUACCACAUUUUCACUGAACAUAGAAAUUGAUAGUGCUGAUGUGGCAUCUGUGGAUAAUUUGGAAACAUUCUUGUUUUUGUAUAAUGUUAGGUUGCAAACUUUUGUGUUGACUUAGUAUUAUGAACAUAUUUUAAAUGUUGCAUUGAGUUGCAAUUUGAUUAGGCAAGGGUUUUAUGUACAAGAUACAAAGAGUAUUUUCAAGGGCUAUACCAAAUACAUUCUUUGUUUUUCAGACACCUACUCUUGAUAAAGAGGAGCGAUGAGAGAUUUUUUUUUUAUUCUCAAAAAUAAUAUUGUGAGAGCAAGUGUCUUUGUUUUAAAGAAAAGAAAAGAGGUAUAUUUUUUUAAGUGAGAGAUAAAAAUAAACAAAUGAUUUGUGCUUCAUAUUUCAUGUAUUUAUGCCUUUAUUUCAGUUCUUUAAAGUUUAUUUUAUAGAAUACAUUUUGGUUUUUUUUUUAACAAAUUCAGUUCACAUCAAUUAGUCUUCCUCUUUCAAAUUUUUUACAUAGAAAUUUCCAUGCUGCAGUUCUUUCUUGGGAAAAUAAGUAAAAAGUAUAUGUCAUGUUUGCAUGCAUGUAGGUGAUAGUAUAGUAACAUGUGCAAAUCUUUUAACAUAUACUGUUGUUUUGAUUUUUCUUGUUGAAAAAAAUAUUGUCAUAAGAUAUGAGUCUUGUGCUUGUAUAUAGUAUACAAAUGUAUAGCAUGGUAAAUUUCAAUGGCACCAUGUACUUUUUGAAUGGUAUCUUUAGGUGUAUAUACUAGCUUGUAUUGAUCGUGUAUUAUCACAGUCAAAUUAUACAUGCAUGCAUACUUAUUGACUUUGAAAUUUGAUUGAAACUGAAAUUUUAUAUGUACACAUGUUUUACAUUUUUGUGGUUUUGUCAUUUAGAUUUCACAAAUCACAGGUUUCCAUGAAAUUAUUUUUUACUGUUAUUCCUUGAUAGCAUUCAUUGCUAUAAUGACAGGCUAUAAAAGAUAUAAAUAAGUUGAUGACUAUCUAUAGAUGGGCAUAGAAUUGUAAACUAAAUUUUUAUUCACUGCUAAUUUAUAAAUAUGAAAUAUAGUUUAAUAAAAUGCAGACUAGUUCAUCCAUGCACAUGGUAAAUACAACA